CUAAAAGAGAGAUAAAGGCGCCUCCCUCCUUUGGCUCCUAAAUCUUAGGAUUAAGGCCAUGAAGUACACCAAACCCAAAUCACUUGCGGGUUCUUUGGCACCUUUCGUUUGGUGUUUCUCUCUGAUGGGAGUUGGGUUUGGGCAGAAUUCGACGAGGGAAGUGAAAGUGGGGGUGGUUCUCGAUCUCCAUACGACGUUCUCCAUGAUCUGCCUCUCCUCCAUCCACCUCUCUCUGUCGGAUUUCUAUGCGAAUCAUUCUAAUUACACCACAAGGCUUUCCCUUCUUAUCAGGGACUCCAACAAAGAUGUCGUUGCCGCUUCGGCUGCUGCCUUAGACCUGAUCAAGAACGAGCAAGUGAUCGCCAUUGUCGGACCACAAAGCUCCACGCAGGCCGAUUUCAUGAUCAGGCUGGGCGAAAAAUCCCGAGUGCCCAUCAUCACUUUCUCGGCCACGAGCCCUUUCCUCUCGUCCAUCCGGAGUCCUUACUUCGUCCAAGCAACUCAGAGCGACUCUUCCCAAGUUGAGGCCAUCGCCGGAAUCGUCAAAUCCUUCGGCUGGAGAAGCGUCGUCGUGGUUUACGUAGAUGACGAGUUCGGAGAAGGGAUUGUGCCUUACUUAGCUGACGCUUUGCAAGAAACCGAUGCUCGUAUAGUUUAUAGAAGCGUGAUCUCUCCAGACGCAUCCGAUGAUGAGAUUCUCCGACAUCUGUAUAAGCUGAUGACUAUGCAGACACGGGUCUUCGUUGUGCACAUGUUGCCGAGUCUUGGUUUUCGGGUUUUCGCGAAAGCUAAGGAGAUUGGGAUGAUGGAGGAAGGCUAUGUCUGGAUUUUGACCGAUGCAAUGACACAUCUUAUGAGAUCCAAUGAUCAUAAGAACCUUGAGAACAUUCAAGGCGUUCUUGGCGUCAGAACCCACGUUCCAAAAACUCAAGAACUCGAAGACUUUCGAUUCAGAUGGAGAAAUAAAUUUCAGAAAGAGAACCCUGAAACUGUAGAUGCUGAGCUGAAUAUCUUCGCGUUAUGGGCGUACGAUAUGAUCACCGCGUUAGCCACUGCGGUGGAGAAAAAUGAUGUUAUGAACUUAGGUUUCGAUAAUGUGAACGUUUUGGUGAACGGUACCGAUCUUGGUGCCUUUGGAGUCUCUCGCUAUGGUCCGAUGCUUCAGCGAUCACUCUCGGACGUAAGAUUCGAUGGCUUAACAGGAGAAUUCAAUCUAACUGAAGGGCAACUACAAUCAUCAACUUUUGAGAUCAUCAAUGUUAACGGCAAUGGCGAGAGAGUGGUUGGAUUUUGGACAAGUGACAACGAACUGGUGAAGAAACUGAACCGUACAGACAGGGCAAUUGUGUCAAAUGACAACCUUGCUCCAGUCAUAUGGCCCGGGGAGUCAACGUCUGUUCCAAGGGGAUGGGAGAUUCCUACAAACGUGAAGAAGUUACGUGUAGGAGUUCCGGUGAAAAGGGGUUUCAAGGAUUUCAUGAAGGUGAUGAGAGAUCCGGGCACAAAUUCAACAAUUGUGACGGGAUACUCCAAAGAUGUGUUUGAAGCAGUUCUUCGACGAUUGCCAUAUUCAAUUGUUCCUGAAUACAUUCCAUUCGAGACACCAGAUGAGAGUUACAGUGACAUGAUCUACCAAAUCUAUCUUGGGAAGUUCGAUGCUGUAGUGGGAGAUGUAACCAUAGUAGCAAACAGAUCUUUAUACGUAGACUUCACAUUGCCGUACACAGAAUCUGGGGUGUCCAUGCUUGUGCCUUUAAGGAGCGACAGGGACAAGAACACUUGGGUGUUCCUCAAACCUUGGAGUUGGGAUCUUUGGGUCACAAGUGGAUGUUUCUUCAUCUUCAUCGGAUUCGCUGUCUGGGUUCUUGAACACAGAGUCAACGAAGACUUCCGUGGACCGCCUCAUCAUCAGAUCGGAACCAGCUUCUGGUUCUCCUUCUCCACCCUCGUUUUUGCCCACCGGGAGAGAGUGGUGAGCAAUUUGGCCAGGUUCGUGGUGAUAGUGUGGUGCUUUGUGGUUUUAGUGCUCACUCAAAGCUAUACGGCAAGCUUGACUUCGCUUCUCACGGUUCAACAGCUCCAACCAGCAGUCACGAACGUGAACCAACUAAUCAAGAACGGAGAUUAUGUCGGCUACCAGUUAGGUUCCUUUGUGGUUGGAAUUUUGAAGAAUCUCGGCUUUGAUGAGUCUAAACUCAGGGUUUACGAUUCUGCGGAAGAACUGGACGAGCUUUUAACCAGAGGAACUUCCAAUGGCGGAAUAGCAGCAGCUUUUGAUGAAGUGCCAUAUAUGAAGCUUCUCCUUUCUCAGCAUUGCUCCAAGUACACCAUGGUCGAACCUUCUUUCAAGACUGCUGGUUUUGCCUUUGCGUUUCCAAAGGGCUCACCUCUUACGGGAGACAUCUCGAGGGCAAUCUUAAACGUGACUGAAGGAGAAGAAAUGAGACAGAUCGAGAACAAAUGGUUCAAGAAACAGAGCAAUUGCCCCGAUCCAAACACUUCUCUUUCGUCAAACCGUUUAAGUCUCAGAAGCUUCUGGGGUCUGUUUCUAAUCGCGGGAGCUGCUUCGUUCUUGGCCCUUUUCAUCUUCUUGGCCGUCCAUGGACUUGUCGGACACUGCGUGUUCUGCGACGUCGAAGGGCUUGGAGGACAAUGCGUGUUGUCGACGGAAAUCACGCUAUGA